CCAAUUUUGGCUGCCCGAAGAUGGGGUUGCGAGUCGAGUUGGGCAGGUGCGUGGUCGUCUAUUCCACGCGGGCGUGGCGAAUCCCUCGGCUGUCCCCAUGUACGGAGCAUUCCAUUCCCUCUUGUGUGUGCGGGCAUUCGGCAUCUGCGUGCAAAAGGCGCUCUGGAGUCAAGAGACCUGAAACCUGCGCCCGACCUUUUUUGGACGUGGGGGAUACCGGACGGUUACCUAGCCUGACGGGGGCUCAGCUGCUUGAGUGAGUCAAGGAUGCCGAAUCCGAAGUAUUAACGGCCGAUCUUGCGCCUUGCAUCAAGCCUCGUUUCUCCAUGGGGCUUUCCCCUUCUUUUCGGUUUUCUCCUCACAUCGGCACGAUAGAGCUUGGCGCCCCAAACUUGAUUCAUGCGGUCGCUUUGGACGCUGUCCGCCAACCGACACGCUUCGACUAGUCGGGCACGGGAGUCCACGGAUGCCUGUGGAACACAGAGAAUCCCAUCAGGAACACGACGGGACCAUGAGGGCAGCCGAUGAUGACGCCCGCACGCUGCUCCUAACCGGGCAACCUGACAUCGCCGAGUAUGGCGCGGGAAUACGCGCCGACCUGGACAGCUCCGCGAGCUGUAGUGUUAGCGACACCAGUUCCGAUGUGCAGGACGGCGUUAGGCGCAUCGAAGCUGUUGCUCGGACAUGGUCGAAAUGGGCGUUGGUGAUUGCUUACAUGAGCAUUUUUCUCAUGGCUUUCACCGUUUCCCUGGAAGGACAGGUCACCUACUCCCUGGCCGCGUUUGCUGUCAGCUCAUUCAACAAUCACUCCCUGCUGUCGACCGUCUAUGUCGUGCAGGGUGUUGUCAACGCUGUCAUCAAGCCGCCCAUGGCCAAGAUAGCAGACGUGUUUGGCCGCCUCGAGGCCUUCUGCAUCUGUGUCCUCCUCUGCGUUCUGGGCUACAUCCAGAUGGCCGCUUCAGAGAAUGUCGAGACAUACGCGUUUGCGCAGAUUCUCUACUCAGCUGGAUCAACCGGGCUGCAGAUUCUGCACCAGGUCUUCAUCGCUGAUACGAGUGACUUCCUCAACCGCGCCCUCCUCUCCAGCCUUCCUGAUAGCCCGUUCCUCGUGACGGUGUGGAUCGGCCCUGCUAUUGCCGCUGCCAUUCUCGCCAACUCAUCAUGGCGAGUAGGCUACGCCAUUUGGGCCUUCAUCCUACCCAUCGCCUUCUUACCUCUAGCUAUGAGCUUGUUCAUCAACCAACGGAAAGCCGAGCGGAUGGGUCUGCUGAAAAGAAAGCGUCAUCGGGAACCCAGCAGCGACGACGACGAGUCCCCUCGCGCAACAGCAAAGCGGCUCUUCCACGACCUCGACAUGGGGGGCACUCUCCUCCUCUCCGGUGGCCUCUCCCUGAUGCUGAUCCCUUUAACCCUUGUCUCUCGCUCUCCCUCCGGAUGGCAUGAUCCCAAGCUGCUGGUCAUGAUGUUCACAGGCCUCGUUCUCCUCGUCCUCUUUCCCUUCUGGGAAUCCCGCCCGCACCUCGCCCCUCACCCCCUCCUCCCUCUGCAGCUUCUCAAAUCCCGCACCUUCUGCACCGGCUGCGCUCUCGGCUUCUUCUACUUCGCCGUCUUUUACAUCGCCGUUCAGCCCUACUUCUACUCGUAUCUCCUCGUGGCCCUGAACCUGCCCGUCUCCCAAGCCGGGCCUAUCACACAAACCUUCUCAUUCGCCUCCACAAUCGCCGCCUUACUAGCAUCCCUCAUUAUCCGGCGCCUCUCCGUCCCCCGUCCCCGACCGUUCAUCUUAACCGGUGCCGCCCUUUACACUGCCGCCAUCGCGGUCCUUCUGCGCACCCGCACGCGUGGCGCCUCUAUCCUCUCCCUCUUUCUCGCCCAGACCACCCUCGGCGCUGGCGCCGGCCUGAUGCAUGUUGCGACCCAGCUGGUCGUGCAGGCGGCGGCCAGCAGCACGAAUAUCGCGCACGGGCACGCGCAGCAGUACGUCGGCGUCGCUACGGCGUCCUUCCUGACUAUGGGUCAGGCCGGCUCGGCGGUCGGCGCGGCGGUGUCGGGCGCCGUGUGGGGCAGGCUUGUCCCGGCCAAGCUGGCCGAGUAUUUGCCCGACCACGUGAAGGGCGAAGCGGCUAAGAUCUACGCGAGUGUCGUCGUUGCAUGCAGCUAUGCGUGGGGCAGCCCCGAAAGGGAGGCCAUUGCUAGGUCGUAUCAGGAGACUAUUACCGUCUUGUUGUGGGUUGCCCUGGUCGCGUGUGGGCCGGUCCUGGUGUUGGCUUCAUUGGUGGGGGACUAUAGGCUUGAUGGGUUUGGGAUGGGGCAAGUUAGGUCGGUGCAGGAUCGUGAGCCUGCGGUGAGGGGAGGAGGAGCGGGAGUGUGGUGGUCUCGGUGGUGGAGGAGACCGAAGGGGAGAACUACGUCGGUUUCUGGAUUAAGUGUGCAUUGAUCAGAUUGUGGAUAGAGUCAUUGCAUGAUACCCUUAGUUCUUUGAGUAUAAAGCCUCUACAGCAUAAUUACAUCCUGUCGGG